AUGCGUACCUCUGCCAUCUUUUCCACUAUCGUCUCCUUGGUCUUCCUAGCCAAGGAAGCCGUGGCUACUCCUCCAGCUUGUGUCUUAGCUUGUGUCGCUCAAGUCACUAAGCAAUCUUCAACAUGUGACAGCAUGAAUCAAAUCGACUGUCUAUGUUCUAACGAAGGUUCUGCCAUCCAAGAUUGUAUUAACACCAUUUGUGCUGGAGAUUUGAAGUCAGCCGCCUUAUCCGCCUUUGAAAAUUCAUGUAAGGAACAAGGUGCUGCUGUAUCUAGUGCUAGUGCUAGUGCUAGUGCUAGCGCAAGUGCUUCUGCUACUUCUUCAUCUUCUUCCUCUUCUUCUACCAAGGCCUCCUCUACUGUCUCUUCUUCUUCCUCUAAGGCUUCUUCUACUGAAGUUUCAUCUUCCUCUGUUUCUUCUACAAAGGCUUCAGGAGCCCCAUCCUCAUCUUCCCAAGCUCAAUCCACUACAUCUACCACUCAAGCUCCAUCUUCCUCUUCUUCCUCUAUUGUGGCUUCAUCUUCCACCAUCGUUUCAGUCUCAUCUACAUCUACAUCUACUCAAGCUACUGCUACUUCUUCUUCCAUCUCAGUCAUCGAAUCUGAAGGUGCUGCUGCCAAUUUAUUAGCUUCUUCUAAUAUCGCAAUCGCCGCUAUCGCUGCUUUCUUAUUAUAA